AUGGAAUGGUUAUUAGAUGUUGAUACUGAAAGCAGUGACAGUGAUUGUAAUGCAGGACUUGUGGAAUGCAGUGACAGUGAUUGUAAUGUAGGACUUGUGGAAUGGUUAUUAGAUGUUGAUACUGAAGCAGUGACAGUGAUUGUAAUCAGUGACAGUGAUUGUAAUGAAGGACAUGUGGAAUGGUUAUUAGAUGUUAAUACUGAAGCAGUGACAGUGAUUGUAAUGAAGGACGCGUGGAAUGGACUUGUGGAAUGGUUAGAUGUUGAUACUGAAAGCAGUGACAGUGAUUGUAAUGUAGGACUUGUGGAAUGGUUAUUAGAUGUUAAUACUGAAGCAGUGACAGUGAUUGGAGACGAAAUAAAAGAAAAGGAAGAAGAGUUAAAAAGAAAUCUGAAGUCCUGCAUAGAAAUGUCUGUCUCAAAAGAAGAGUUGGCGGAAUGUCUUGCUUGCGACAGAGAUCAAAUUGAAUCAACUAUGGACGGUAUUCUGUUGGACGCAGAUAAGCAACUUCUAUACCCCAAAGAUGCAGCAGCUAAUAUAGACAUUGAUACAUGGACUUUACCACUUCUUUGCUUCGUGAUACCCGCUUUUUUGAGAGUUAAAUUGAAAAGUUGUAUCUACAUUGAUCUUGUUAAUGACAUUGACAUGAGCAAACAGAAUAAUAUACGUUUGCAUAGAAAAUUUCGUGGGAAAUUAGAAAAUCUCAUAAAUGAGCUUGAUCAAAAUGAAGAUGAGUUGAAAAGUAAACUAAAAGAGGGCAUUGGAAUGCGUCUGUCAGAAGGAGAGUUGGCAGAACGCCUCGUUCAAGACAUAAGUUAUAUCAAACAAAAAAUAGACAUGCUAUUGUUGGGAGAAGAUAAGCAAAUAUUAUAUCCAGAAGGUAGAUCAGUUAAUACAGACAUGGAUACUUGGACUGUUCCUCUUCUUUGCUUCGUGAUGGCAGGGAUUUUCGGAAGAAAUGUAAAAAGUUGUAUCAACAUGGAUCUUGUUAAGGAGAUUGACAAUAGCAUAAAAAGUCCAAUCGGUUUGCAAAGAAGGUUUGAUGGGAAAUUAAAUAAUCUCAUAAAUGAGCUGGACUGUAAUCAUGCGCCGAAGAGUCUGGACAUGAUGACAAUGGGAACGGACGAGGAAGGUGCUGAAACAAGGCAAAAAAACUUGUUUCAAAACGUAUGUGACGAAGAAACAACUGCAGACAAAGAAGAAAUAUCAGUCAGUUUGAAUGAAAAAGGUGGUGAGAUAAAUGAACACUCCAAUCUUGAAAAGUCCGUAUCAAAGGACGAAGAAGGUCCUGAAACAAGUCCAAAAUACUUGUUUCAAAACGUAAGUGACGAAGAAACAACUGAAGUCAAAGAAGAAAAAUCAGACAGUUUGAAUGAAAAAGAAGAUGAUAAAGAGGAGACAGUAAACGACGCUGAGGAGACAUAUAAGCACGUGCUAGAUAGAUCAAUAUCGACAAUUAAAGAAUGUAUGAAUCCUGAACCAAUUCUUGAUAGUUUACUUGAGGACAAUGUUUUCCAGUAUAUUGAUAUUCGUGAUAUCAUGGAACUAGCAAAUACAACGAAGAAGAACGAAACUAUUAUAGAAAAGGUCAGACAAAGCGGCACCGAUGUAUAUAAACUUUUUAAAAAAUACCUUGAAAAAAGCCAUCAGUAUCUUUUACUUAAGUUUAUUGAAAAGACAGAAAAAGGGGAAGAAACAACGGACAUACAAAACGAAUUGAAGGAACAGACAAGACAAAGAUUGAAAGAUUUGCGAAAUAAAAAUUCAAUUGAAGAAACUUCUGUCAAUUUAUUGGAAGAACAAUUGGUCAUUUCCAUUCAAAAGGGAAAGGAAUUCGAAGGAACAGAAGAUAUAGAGGAGAAAUUGGAUAUAUUCACUUCAUCUAAUCCCAUUUCAAGGAAAUGCUGCAAUGUAGUUAAAGGCAUAUUUGAAGGGACACUGGAAAAAUACCCAGAUCAACUAAUCAAGGCAGUAAAAGAUGUAGCCUCUAUUAUGAACGUUGAGAUCAAAUCAGCAUCUGUGGAUAAAGAUAAUACUGUUGUGAUGACUAUGGCAUGUGCGUCUUGUGAAGAAAUAAGAAUGCUGUUAAAGAUACUGAAAGGGAAUGAAUUUAAAUCAAAAAUAGAAAACCUUCAAACUGUUCUCUCUAACGUGUACGAAGCUGUCUGCGUCAUUUAUGCCAAAGUAUCACAUGAGAAGAUACAGGAAGUGCAAAAGCAUUUGAUGGACCAGGGUGUCAUAAAUGAAGGACACGCUGACGAUUUAUUCUGCGAUACUCAUCACAAGCAACAGGUUGAGCUGUUUUGUCCCGCACAUGAUAAUUUCUUUUGCCAUAAAUGCGAAGGAAAGCAUAGAAAGUGCCAGGGUGUAAGACAAAUAACAGAAGAUGUAAGCACAAAACUAUACAGGAUCAGAAGUGAUGAACCGGCACGUAAAGUGUGUAGUACAAUAAAACUUUGUACCCUACCUUCAGGUGAAAUUCUGCUCAUCGACAAUGUAAACAAAAAGUUGAAAAAACUUGAUUUGACCUAUAGGGUUGUAGGCCAAUAUACGUUUAAUGAGUCGGAAACACCCUUUGAUAUUUGUGCAAUUCAUGCCUCAAAAGCCUUUGUUACAUUUGGCCACCAUGUUUGUGUUGUUAAUGUUGGGGAUAUUCAUAUUCAGGUAGACAAGGUGUUCAAAACAAAGGCCCCUUGUUUGCGCUUAUACAGUAAAGACAGUGCCAUAUACUAUACCGACAACCUUUCCAUCUAUACGUGUGAUGAAAACGGAGAAAAUCAUAAAAAGUUACAUCAAUUUGGGAAGGAAACUUUUUGUCAUAGCUUAGUUGUUAGUGAUGACAGAAGUAAGAUUGUUGUGGCUGCUGGAGGAGAUGGCCUUAUUAUAAUUGAUGCAAACAGCCAAAAUCCCUCGACAGUAGCACUAAAAGAAUUACAGGGUUGUACUGAUCUAUGCAUUGUAAAAAAUGAUAUGCUUCUCGUGUGUGCGUCUAACACGUUAUUUCUAGUAAAUAUCAAACUUGGAAAGGUAUUGAAACAAGCUGCAAUUGGGUUGCGCUGCCCUAGGUCGUUUGCCUUUGACGUUAUAGACAAUUCGGUGAUCGGUGGCAAUCUAGGAAAUGAUUUCAUUUCAGUAUUUAAUGUAAAUAUUGAGUAUGAUUCUACAUAAGACGUAAUGGGUUUUCAGGGUGCAAUUAAGCGCCUGUCGAUGAACUGAAAUAAACGUGUGUCAUCUUAUGUUUAAUUUAGUCCAUUAUGUCAAGUAUUUACUUCAACUGAUUUGCUGUGAUAUAUAGUACAUACAAAGUAUUUCUAUUGUAAUCAUUUGAACAUUUGAGACUGUAGAACUUAGUUUAUGUGUACAUAAUCAUUUUCUGGCUGUCACUCACAUUUGUUUGAGAUGACAAAUAAUUUCUGUUUAGUAUUCAUGUUUGUUUAAACAUUUUGUGUCAUAAAUAUUAUAAUAUCUCAUAUUUAAGCGAUUAUACUCAUGAU